AUGACUUCGUCGAUUGAGGUUGUUGUCAGUUUUGGUUUAUCUUCUAAAAUUAUUAGUGUUGAAAAAGAUGAUAGUAUUGUGAAUAUUAAGCGAAAAAUACAGGAAGCAUACGAACGUCGGUGUUCUAUUGAUUAUAAUGUUGCGGAAAUUCAAUUUUAUGAUCGACAAUACAAGAAAGACCUUGAUCUAACGGAAGAAACAUUUGACAAGUACAAACAGUUAUUAGAUGAAUUAUUUUCACCAACACCACCUGUAAAAUCCGAAGAAGUCUGGUGUUUAAAACUGAAAAGAAUUUCGUACUUCGACAUAUCAACAAGUUCAGUAGUCAAAUCUACGUCAUCCGACAUUUUACGAGAUGCGGCAAACAUAACUGAUAAUCGUCGUCAAGAAUUGGAAGAAAAUGUUAAUAGUAGAUUAGUUGAUACAAAUAUAGAAAGUGGGAUAUCUUCUCACGAUUCGCCUGUGGUACGAUCAACCAAUCAACCUGAAAAACUCAUUAUUCAACAUAGUAAUGUUAAACCGUUUGCCAAUUCUACAUUUUUACAGAAUAUUAAUCCUCCUGGUGAUAAUGAUCAGUCAAUGAAAGAGGAUGAACCAUCAAGUAAUAAUGGACGAAUAUCCGUUCUAUGUGGUUUAAAGAACGGCAAAAAUACGUGUUUUCUUAAUGCAGUAUUGCAAGCGUUACUUCACACGCAUUUAUUUAUGGAAUUUGUUCUCAACGUUAAACAUUCUCAUACAAAUCCUCCUGGUGAUAAUGAUCAGUCAAUGAAAGAGGAUGAACCAUCAAGUAAAAUAGUCGGAUUUUGUAUAAUACGUGCAUUUAAAACCCUUUUUCAAAGAAUGAUCAAAUCAUCAUUACCAUUAUUACCCUCUGAUUUUAUCAAGAAUUUACAUGAGUUGUUACCAAACUAUAAAGUGAACACGAAACAAGAUUCAAGCGAAUUAUUGCAGGGUAUAUUUAAAUGUUUUGAUCGAUCUGGUACAAGAAAAAUAAGAGAAAUAUUUGGAUUUGGCACAAGAACAACCGUCACAUGUACAGUAUGUAAAAAAGUGUCAUCUCAUGUCGAAAAUCAUACAGUAUUACAACUAGCGUUGGGCGAAACAUUGGGCAAUUUGAGAAAUUUGCUCGCCAAAUUUUGUCAGAUAGAAUGGCUUAGAGGCACCAAUGCAUAUGAAUGUGAUCAAUGCGGCAAAUUACAACAUAGUGAAAUGCAGACGAAUUUAGAGACAUUCCCAGAAAUACUCGUUAUUUUGUUCAAGCGUUUUCGUGUAGAUAAUCAAAAUACAACGCAUAAGUUGAAUUCUCCCAUUCAUUUUGAUGAAAUAUUAGAUUUAGAUAAGCCAUACGCAAAUGAUGAGUUUAAAGUAGAGAAUGAUUGGACUUACUCGUUAUAUGGAAUAUUAUGUCAUGAAGGGAGUGAUUUAUCAAGUGGUCAUUAUAUUACAUAUUUUAAAGAUCAAGAUGAUUUUUGGUACAAAGCGGAUGAUUCGAUAAUUACUAAAUGUAAUCUAAAAUUAGAUUUGAAUUUACAAGAAAGCGUCUACAUGUUAUUUUACAAAAAAUCCGCUCCUAUUAUAGCGGUAUCACCAUCAAUAUCGUCAGAACAGUCAGAUAUGCCUUUUGUCUGGAAUGGAAACGAAAUAGAGAUAACUUCAUCACCUAUGAUUGUUACAAAAGAUUGUCAAGAACAAAAGGCCCAAGCCGAAUUUCAUGUAAAUGUUCGAUUAACGCAAAAACGACAGGGAAAAUCAGACAUUUUUGGUAGUCAAAAGCCCAAAAAAAAGGCACGAAACGCUCGACAACUUUAUAUUCAAACAGCAUCAUCAUCAUCAUCAAAGUCAGAUAAACAUCCUGUUUUAAAAAUUGAUAUUCCAAGUAUUUCUCAUUAUUUAAAUUGGAUAAUUAAUUGGUAUAUCGUAUGCAUAGAUGACUCCACUGGAAUGGUUUAUAUGCAUCCUGCAAAAAGAAUAUUAAGAAAUUUAAAAGAUCGUAACGCACCUCUCAUCUGUGUGGUCAAUGAAAAUGGUUUACCUGACCUUCGACAUCAACCACUAAAAAAGUUGCUCAAUUUAAAUACACAUGAAUUAUUUCUCUAUGGCACAUAUCCAACUCAUAAGGUAGUGGCUUCGAACACCAAACCGCGUAAGAGAAAUUGCAAUGGUGAAAUAAUACCAAUAAAUGAAUAUACAGCAACAUCACAAUCCCAAAACGAAUCUGAUUCUACUCAAAAUCAAAUACAGUCGGCAAAAGGAUUCGAAUAA